AUGACACUAACCACAUUACAUCUCCGUAUCAAUGCAAUCGGAGAUGAUGGAGCACAAUCUUUGGGUGAUGCAUUAAAACAUAACACAACACUCACCGUAUUAGGUCUCUAUCAAAAUGAAAUCGGAGAUGAUGGAGCAGAAUCUUUGUAUAAAGCACUACAAUACAACACGACACUCACCGCACUUGAUCUCGCGGACAAUCAAGUCAGCAAGCGUACGGUGGAUGGAAUCAAUGAUUUACUUUAUCGAAAUACAAAGGAAGACGACGAUGAAUGGGAAGAUUGA